AUGGACAAGAGUUGGAUAACAAAGGCCAGACUUUCAAAAGAGUAUGAAGAGGGAGUUGACAACUUUAUUAAGUUUGCCUUAGAAAAUACAACGGAUCCUUCAAGAGUUCAUUGUCCAUGUAGAAAAUGUUCAAAUUUGAAAAAAUUAGACAUAAUGGAGAUAAAGAGUCAUCUAUACUUUAACGGAAUGGACCAAACAUAUGUCAAGUGGAUUUGGCAUGGAGAAGAAGAUGACUCUAACAAUAAUGUUCCCAAUGAAAGAAAGAAAUUUGAUCAAGUAUUUGAUGACCCUAUAGAGAUGGUGAGAGAUGCAGAUGAACGUUUUGUUGAUAAGCCUGAAGAAUUUUUUAAAUUCUUAGAAGAUGUAGAGAAACCAAUAUUCUCCGGGGCACCUUUGUCAAAAUUAGUUGUUUUAGUAAAACUAUACAAAUUGAAAGCUGGUAGUAGUUGGAGUGACACAAGUUUCACAAAGUUAUUAACUUUAUUAAAAGAAAUUUUACCAAAAGACAAUGAGUUUCCUUCCUCGAUUUAUGAAGCGAAAAAAACAUUGUGCACAUUAGGAAUGGAUUAUAGCAAGAUUCAAAUGGAAAAAAAUAAGAACAACAAAGAAUGUAAGAAAGGGAUUCUGGCAAAAGUAUUGUGGUAUUUGCCACCAAUACCUAGGUUUAUACGUUUGUUUCGAAAUCCCGAACAUGCCGAAAAUCUGCGAUGGCAUGAGGAUGGAAGGAUCAAAGAUGACAAAUUGCGCCAUCCAGCUGAUUCCCCAGCUUGGAAAGAAGUGGAUGAACUAUGGCCUCAAAUAAGAAAGGAUCCUAGAAAUCUUCGACUUAGUCUUUCUACUGAUGGCAUCAAUCCAUUCAGCAAUAUGACCUCAUCUUACAGUUGUUGGCCAGUGAUUCUAUGUAUUUACAAUCUUCCUCCUUGGUUGUGUAUGAAAAGAAGAUUCACAAUGUUAACUUUAUUGAUAUCAGGUCCCAAGCAACUUGGAAAUGAUAUAGAUAUCUAUUUAGCACCUUGGAUAGAUGAGUUGAAGGUGUUGUGGAACGGAAUUGAUUAUUAUGAUUCUUUUAAAAAAGAAAAUUUUAUACUUAGAGGUGUACUCUUAUGGACAAUCAAUGAUUUUCCUGCUUAUGGUAAUUUAUCAAGAUGUUUUGUGAAAGGAUAUAAAGGAUGUCCGAUAUGCGGUGAAAAGACAAGCGCCACAAGAUUAAAACAUUGUAGGAAGAUGUGUUAUAUGGGUCGUAGAAGGUUUCUACAAAAAAAGCAUUAUUACCGGAAGCAAAAAUUAGCAUUUAAUGGUGAGCAAGAGUUGCGAGAAGCGCCUAUACCAAUGACUGGAGAAGCUGUCUAUGAAGAGAUUCGUUUAAUAAAAAAUAAAUUUGGUAAGCCUGUGGAAAAGAUCGAUGAAAGUGUAGAGACAAAGGGGAAAAAGAAAGGCAAAUGUAAAACAAACAUUAAACGAAAGCGCAAUAAGAAAGAUCAACUAGCGGAAGAUUCAAAGAAUACUACAUGUUGGAAGAAGAAGUCAAUUUUCUUUGAAUUGGAAUAUUGGAGACAUUUGUUAGUAAGACAUAAUCUUGACAUCAUGCACAUUGAGAAAAACAUAUGUGAUAGUUUGAUCGGAACCUUACUUAAUAUUCUUGGGAAAACUAAGGACAGUAUCUCUGCUCGUAUGGACCUUGUGUUAAUGUCUGAAUCAAAAAAAGAUUUGGCACCUGAAACAGGUGAAAGAAGAACUUAUUUACCUCCUGCUUGUUACACCUUGAAGAAAGACGAGAAACGUAUACUUUGUGAAACUUUGGCAAAUGUUAAGGUUCCAGAUGGGUAUUCAUCAAAUAUUCGUCAUUUAGUAUCUUUGAAAGAUUGUAGACUAAUCGGUCUUAAAUCUCAUGAUUGUCAUGUAUUGAUGCAACAGUUACUUCCAAUUGCUAUUCGGGGAUCACUAGACCAACAUGUUAGAAAUGCUAUAAUAUGA